AUUCAGUACAAAAGAAUUAAUAAUAAUAGAGUGCAGUAAAUAAUAGCAAUUUGUUCUUUAAAACACGUUUUAUAUAUGAGAAGAAAAAAAGUGUACGCGGAAGUGCAACGAACCCUUGACUAAAAUAAAAUCGACUUUUGUGUGAGAAUCGGAUGAUUACAUUGUAAAGCAGGACAUUUGUCCUGUGAGUGCCGUCUGACUACCUUGUUGACUCAGUGUCCUCUUACCAUAAACAUAAACGGUAUUCCAAAACAAUUUUAUAUUGGCGGUGGUUGUUAAUUUGGUGGAUAUGAGCAAAAGAUGUUAAUACUUAAAAUCGAUAUUUCAUGUAUUUUAAUGAACUACUAGUGAUGAAUUUUACAAAUAUUUUCAAUGCAAUUUUUCAUUUCCUUUUUUUGUAAUAUAAAAUAAAAUACGCACGUCAAUCUCAAAUGAAUUUCACAACAAGAUCUACCAGCGCCUAUAAAAAACAACAAGAACAAUUUGAUAAAGAAAGUUCAGAAGUGAAAAUUAUUAAAAGCCAUAACAGUGCUUACCAAUUGAAUGAUUUGGCUUUGAAUCAUCGCAAUAAAGCUUUAAUGCCUUCUCUGGAUUAUGAACAAUAUUCAAAGAAUCUGCAGCAUUACAACGCAACCAAAGAAAAACCACAACAAGGUUAUUUUCGUCAUAAUAAGUCCUCACCUUCGAUUGCUCCGUGUAAAUCACAUACCACCACUCCGACUUCAACAAUAAAAAAAUCGCGUCGCAACAGUUCUUAUCAUUCUUGCGAUGAUCUCGACGCAACCAAUAAUUUAAACAAUUCCGAAACAAAAAAAGUUGUCUCCAGCUUAAAAUAUUUAUGCGCGUGCACGGGGGCUACUCUUCGAAAUCUCUCCAAGAAAACAAAAGAUUUACAUGCAAAAAAUUAUUACUCGUACACAAAGGUAAAUUAA